GGCAGCAGUCCGCCGACACCCCCACCCUGCCCGAGCCGCCCCGCGGGACCGGGGCGCUCCUGGAUGCUGCUCCCCGCCCGGCACGAGCCGCGCCCGCAUCUCCGCCGCCGCCGCCGCGGGCAGGGGGGAGGCGAGGAGAGGCCAGGGCCGCCCGGCACCGCCCGGCUCCGCUGCGCUCCGGCCACCCCCGCGGCACCAUGCGCAGGCGACUGGCGGCGGCGCCCGCCCUGCUCUGCGCGCUGCUGGGCUCCGCGCUGCUCCUGGCAGGACCUACUUCAGGGUCAAAAUUAAAAGUUCCUGAACUGAGUAUAAAUGGCACACAGCACGUCAUCCAAGCGGGCCAGACUUUAAAUCUCACAUGCAGGGGGGAAAUGGUUCAUUCAUGGUCCCUGCCUGAAACACUAAGUAAAGACAGCAAAAGGCUGAAAGUAAUUAAAUAUGCCUGUGGAAGGAAUGGGAAACAGUUCUGUAGUAGUCUGACCUUGAGCAGAACUCAAGCAAAAGACACUGGAUACUAUGGCUGCAAAUACCCAUCCUCAAGUGCUGUAAAAAAGAAGACAGAACCUACAGUCUAUAUAUUUAUUAACGAUACAGGAAGUCCAUUUGUAGAGCUGCACAGUGACAUACCUAAAAUUAUACACAUGACUGAUGGAAGAGAGAUGAUCAUACCAUGCAGAGUCACAGCUCCAGACACUGCUGUUACUUUAAAGAAGAUCCCACUAGAGACUCUGAAUCCUGAUGGGAAGACAGUAGUCUGGGACAGUACGAAAGGCUUUAUUAUCCCCAAGGCAACAUACAAAUUCAUUGGGCUUCUUAGCUGUGAGACAAUCAUUGAUGGGCAUAAGUACAGUACAAAAUAUCUAACACACCGACAAACCAACACAAUUUUUGAUGUCCAGUUAAGCACCCCAAGUCUGGUCAAACUGCUGAAAGGGGACAGCCUUGCAAUUAACUGUACUGUUGCUGCAGCCUGGAACACAAGAGUUCAGAUGACCUGGAGUUAUCCUGGAGAGGCAAACAAGAGAGGUUCUAUAACCCAACGAAUUGACCAAAAAAAUACAGAAGCUAAUAUUUUUUACAGUAUUCUAGUUGUUGACAAAGUACGUGAUAUUGAUGAAGGCCAGUAUACCUGCUAUGUGAAGAGUGGACCAUCAAUCAAAUCUGUUAACACAACAGUUCGUGUUUAUGAUAAAACAUUUAUUAAUUUGAAACAUCGAAGAAAAAGUGUGCUUGAAGCUGUAGCUGGCAGAAAGUCCUAUCGGCUAUCAAUGAAAGUGAAGGCAUUUCCUACACCAGAAGUUGUAUGGUUAAAAGAUGGAUUACCUGCUGCUGAAAAGUGUGCACGGUAUGUGGUUAAAGAUUAUUCAUUAAUCAUUAAGGAUGUAGCUGAAGAGGAUGCAGGAGAUUACACUAUAGUUCUGAAUAUACGACAGUGGAACUUAUCUAAGAACCUAACAGUCACUCUCAUAGUAAAUGUGAAACCUCAGAUUUAUGAAAAUGCUGUCUCAUCAUUUCCUGAUCCUAAUCUCUAUCCAGUGGGCAGCAAUCAAGUGCUGACUUGCACUGUUUAUGGUAUUCCUCAGCCUAAAAUUACAUGGAUUUGGCAUCCUUGUAGACAAAAUCGUUCCAAAGCAAGGUAUGGCUUUUGCUCUAACACUGAGGGAUCUUUCACCUUGAAACCUGGCAGCGUCACAGGAAACAGAAUACAGAGCAUCACUGAGCGCAUGGCAGUAAUAGAAGGGAAGAAUAAGACUGCUAGCAUUCUGGUUGUAGCUGAAGCCAAAUCAUCCGGAAUUUACAGCUGUGUGGCUUCCAACAAAAUAGGGACAGUUGAAAGAAAUGUUAGCUUUUAUGUAACAGAUGUACCAAAUGGAUUUCACAUUAAGUUGGAAAAAAUGCCCAUUGAAGGAGAGAACCUGAUAUUGUCCUGUUCGGUCAGCAAAUUCCUGUACAAAGACAUUGCCUGGAUUUUACCAAGGACAGUUAAUCAAACAAAAGCAAAAAAACCUCUCCCUAAGGAGUACUCCAUUACCCUCCCUCUCACCAUCAAGAAUGUUUCCCUGGAACACUCAGGCACCUACACCUGCAAAGCGCGGAACAUAUACACAGGAAAAGAAGUGCUUCAAAAGAAAGACCUUACAAUUAGAGCUCAAGAAGCCCCAUCUCUCCUGCGCAACCUCAGUGAUCAGACAGUGAACUCCAGCAACUCUGCUGCAUUAGAAUGUCAAGUGCAAGGCAUCCCAGAGCCCCAGAUAUUCUGGUUUAAAAACCAUGAAGAAAUACAUGAAGAACCAGGAAUAAUUUUAGGACCAGGAGGCAGAAUGCUGUUUAUUGAAAGAGUCAAAGAGGAGGAUGAGGGACUUUACCAGUGUGUAGCCACCAACUUGAAAGGCUCCGUGGAGAGUGCAGCUUAUGUCACAGUACAAGGAACAUCUGAGAGAUCAAAUCUGGAACUAAUAACUCUGACCUGUACCUGUGUGGCUGCUACACUCUUCUGGCUCCUACUGACGCUCUUCAUACGCAAACUCAAGAGGCCUCAUUCUUCGGAAAUAAAGACCAAUUACUUGUCAAUCAUAAUGGAUCCUGAGGAAGUCCCCUUAGAUGAGCAAUGUGAACUUCUUCCUUAUGAUGCCAGCAAAUGGGAAUUUGCAAGGGAAAGGCUAAAACUAGGAAAAUCACUUGGCCAUGGUGCUUUUGGGAAAGUGAUACAAGCAGCUGCUUUUGGAAUUAAAAAAUCACCAACAUACAGAAUAGUUGCUGUGAAAAUGCUGAAAGAAGGUGCCACAGCAAGUGAAUACAAAGCUUUGAUGAGUGAAUUGAAAAUCCUGAUACAUAUUGGGCAUCAUCUAAAUAUAGUAAACCUUCUUGGAGCUUGCACAAAAAGUGGAGGGCCUCUGAUGGUGAUUGUUGAAUAUUGCAAAUAUGGAAACUUAUCAAAUUAUCUGAAAAGCAAAAGAAGUUUUUUCUUUCCAAGCAAGGAUGCAUCACUGCAAGUGGAUCAGAUGAAAGAAAAAAAGAAUACUGAACUGGUGGAAGGUGAAAAACAAAGGCUGGCUAGUGUCACCAGCAGUGAGAGCUUAGCAAGCUCUGGCUUUCAAGAAGAUAAAAGUCUGAGUGAUGUGGAAGAGGAUGAUGAGGAGUCUGCUGAGUUUUACAAAUUGCCCCUUACAAUGGAAGAUCUGAUUUCCUACAGUUUUCAGGUGGCGAGAGGCAUGGAGUUCUUGUCAUCCAGAAAGUGUAUUCAUCGUGAUCUAGCAGCCAGGAACAUCCUUUUAUCUGAGAACAAUGUGGUAAAGAUCUGUGAUUUUGGCCUUGCAAGAGAUAUUUAUAAGAACCCUGAUUAUGUGAGAAAAGGAGAUGCACGACUUCCCCUCAAGUGGAUGGCUCCAGAAUCCAUAUUUGAUAAAAUCUACAAUACGAAAAGCGAUGUGUGGUCUUAUGGAGUACUGUUGUGGGAAAUAUUCUCUUUGGGUGCUUCCCCUUACCCAGGUGUCCAAAUAGAUGAGGACUUCUGCAGCAGACUGAAAGAAGGCACAAGAAUGCGUGCCCCACAAUAUGCAACAAUAGAAAUCUACCAAAUCAUGUUGGACUGCUGGCAUGGCAAUCCCAAUGAAAGACCAAAGUUUUCAGAGCUGGUGAAAAGAUUAGGGGACCUGCUUGAAGCAAAAGUGCAACAGGAUGGCAAGGACUAUAUUCCCCUGAAUGCUAUAUUUACUGCAGAUACUGGGUUUGCAUACUCAAGUCCUACUGCAACCAAGUCUCCUUUGAAUGAAGAUGUAUCUGCUCCAAAAUCAAAUUGUGAAAGCACUGAAAAUAUGAGAUACAUAAAUACCUUCAAAAUGAAAGCAACCCAAAGAGUGAAGACCUUUGAAGAACUUCCAGUCAAGAAUACCUUUGUAUUUGAUGAUUACCAAGCAGACAGUGGGAUGGUGCUGGCUUCAGAAGAACUAAAACGCUUCACUUGGGCAGACAGCAAACAAAAACAGAUGUUCUUUGGUCUGAAAGCUGGCAGCAGGAGCAAGGAGUCUGUUCUCUCUGGAAUGACCAAGCCAAGUUUCUUCAGUUUCAGCUGUGGCCACCUCAGUGAAGCUAGUCGAAGACUUGCUUAUGGCAGCUUGGUGCUGGAGAAGAUGAAGACAUGCAGAUCUCCCCCUCCUGACUACAAUGCCAUGGUCUUCUAUUCCCAACCCCCUGUGUAAACAACUGCUUAACAAAGGUUCAGAAUAUGGACACAAAAAUGCUUGGAGCCCUUUCAAAAGGGCACCAGCUGGUACUUCAAUAGUUGUGCACAAACAAGCUGAGAACGAUUCAAAUCCAGCAAAUGCAAAUACACUGGAGUGUUAAAGUUGGAGUGACUUUCUGUAUUUGAAUUGUUCUCAGCUUGUUCACAUGUAAGUUAGAACAUACCAGCUGCAGCCCUUUUAAAAAGGCUCCAUCCUCUCCAAGCCUACUUUAAUCUGAAACAUGUUCCUCCCUUUCCCGCUCUGAUAAACUCAUAAAUUCAAAAGCUUAAAUAGCUGCUUUUUGAGCAAUCGGACCAGUUUUCUCCCCCGGGCACUGACUGAAACUCACAUGACCUGCUUUCCUUCAGACUGCAUUAAUUGCAGCACUUGUGUGAAACAUCCUAGAGCCUUACUGCUGAGGCCAAGGGCUUGGCUUUCUCAAAUAUUCAACACCUGUAGUGCUCAAAUGGCUAGGUCUGCCUGCUCAGUAUUCCAGAAAAUUAGGCACCUAAUUGCCAUAAAGACCCCAGUUGACUUCUGGUCCCCCCCAAUGCAGCAGUGGCAGAUCUGACUCCCAUACCAAGGGUGAUGUGUUAAGUGGCAUCCCAACCAUUUAGGAGCACUGACAUUUGAAAACAGGAACCCAAUUUGACUUUUCUUAAGGAUAGCAUGGUGAAAACAGUAUAGCACUGCUCAUGUUGGUGUGGGUGCGACAGAAUGGCAAGUGACUAGGUGGGGACCUUCCAGGUUGCAAACACAGCAAGUCCUGCAAUCGAUUUCCAGGGACUGAGAAGUUCCAGUACAACAGCCUCUUUGUGGAAGCCAAGUUUACUUGCAUAGGACUGGGAGAUGAAAGCACUUUUGGCCCCAACUUCUUUUUUUAAGAUCAACAAGGCUUUGUACUUUGAGUGUGAUGGAAAACCAAUGCUUUGAGGGCCCUCCAGUUCUGGUAACCCCGGACUUAAGUUUUAACUUAGCAUCUCCCACACUGGUCUGCAGACCAGUUAGUGCAAAGAUCACACUACCCCUGCCCCUGCCCUUUCAAUGAAGACCUUGAGAAUAGAACCUAUUGGUUUACACAAAAAGUUGGAAGGUCAACAAUGGUCAAAAAGUCCAGUGGCCACUGUCAUGCUACUUUCUUAGACCAUAAGAGGAAUCCCUUGAACUAGGAAUUUCCACACACGCUCUGCAAAGUGCAGUCAAGGAUACAAAAAUUAAACUUGAUUGAAUUAAUACACAGAUAAGCUUUCUCAAGCUUGAUCAGGUCAAGCAAAUCAUCUUGCACUUUGUCAUUCUCCCCUUGAAUGUGCACUGGAAAUAUUUUAACUUAAGAUGCUUAAGCUAAAUUUAUUCUAUGAUACCUGCUGGGCUGUCUAAUAUAUUGCGCUGAUUAUCUCUUACUUAUGGGAAUCUGUCAGCAAUGUAACAAGGUAACCAGUAAGUUCUGUAUAUUGCUAAAAUGAAAAACCAGUUAUUAGAUGGUGGGGAAAAGGUUACUCACCAGUAACUAACUCCAUGUCUUUUGGUGGUGAUGGAAGCUUUUCCAUAAAUGCAACUGAAUUUCAAAUUCUCUUAAUAGUAUUUGUGUAUUGUAGCAAAAGUAUAUCAGCAAUGCAUCCCAUACUUUUUGCGCAGCAACUCAGAAAGGAAAUUUGUCCUGGACUUCAAAAGCUGUAAAGAUACACUAUCCCCCGUAAGCUUUGUAUGUAAUAUUAAAAGGCCUUCAUAAAAAGUUUAUAACAAGUUAGAGCAGAAAAUAUUCUCCCCUGCCUUUUUUUUUUUAAAGGAGGAAAACACCUUUGAACCAAUUAUUAAAGAGUGUUUUGUAAGUGUCACUCCUUAGCCAGCUGUUCUAAAGAACGCUCUGUGACUGGCAUCUACUCCUAUCAAGGGACUGUGACAUUGUCUAACUGUGACAAUGUGUAGUCUCUCAGUGGUGGAGAAAUUGAUCAAAAUCUGAUGGGCAAUACCCAUUUUCACUAUAAAGAAUGGAUAGUAUAUCUCUGAAGGAGGGUUGCAUAAUGUAAAUAGGAAUUAAAUAUGCUUUUUGUGCAUAAAUAUUUAAGAACUGGAAUACAAGAUUACUUUUAUAUGAACUUUAAGUUUCUUGGGACACGAAUAACGCACACUUUUUCUUACACACACAUUUUUAUAUAAUAAUUCAUUGCUAGAAUCCUACAAUAAACUUUACAUUUUGAAAGUCUU